AUCAGCGCACCCGGAAGCAGGAGCAGCGUGGAGAGUCAGCUCAGCAGUGGCUAACAAGAUUAGCAUCAAACUCUUCAUCAUAAAUAAAAAAAAAUGGACAAUGCGACGGAGGGAACGUGGGACAGUUUACCUGUCAAACUCAACGACAGCAUUUUACAAACGCUCGAGGAGCUCACAUUCACACACAUGACACCUGUUCAGUCUGCUUGUAUCCCGCUCUUCAUGCGAAACAAAGAUGUUGCUGCUGAGGCGGUGACUGGGAGCGGAAAGACGCUGGCUUUCGUCAUUCCGAUCAUAGAGCUGCUCCUGAAGAGAGAAGAAAAGCUCAAGAAGAUGCAGGUUGGUGCCCUGGUGAUCACUCCCACCAGAGAGCUUGCUCUGCAGAUUAGUGAAGUCAUGGAGCAGUUCAUCCAGAAGUUUCCACAGUUUAAGCAGAUUUUACUGAUUGGAGGCAGCAACCCAAUAGAGGACGUGGAGAAGUUCAAAGAGCAAGGAGCGAACAUUGUGAUAGCGACGCCUGGUCGUCUGGAGGACAUGUUCAGGAGAAAGUCAGAUGGUCUGGACUUGGCCGGCUCCGUCAAGAGUCUGGAGGUGCUGGUCCUCGAUGAGGCCGACAGACUAUUGGACAUGGGAUUUGAAGCCAGUCUGAACACAAUCCUGGACUACCUGCCCAAACAGAGACGUACAGGUUUGUUUUCAGCCACUCAGACUCAGGAGCUGGAGAAGCUGGUGAGGGCGGGGCUUAGGAACCCCGUACGUAUCACCGUCAAAGAGAAGGGCGUGGCUGCCUCCGCCGUCCAGAAAACACCUUCCAGACUCUCCAACUACUACACUAUCUGUAAAUCAGAAGACAAGUUCAACAACCUGGUGGCGUUUCUACGGCAACACAAGCACGAGAAGAAUCUGGUCUUCUUCAGUACGUGUGCGUGUGUGGAGUACUACGGUCGAGCUCUCGAGACGCUCAUCAAGAAGGUCACGGUCCACUGCAUCCACGGCAAGAUGAAGAACAAACGCAACAAGAUCUUUGCAGACUUCCGCGCACUGAAAAGUGGGAUCUUGGUGUGCACAGACGUCAUGGCGAGAGGCAUAGAUAUCCCUGAUGUGAACUGGGUGUUGCAGUAUGAUCCUCCAAGCAGUGCCAGUGCCUUUGUGCAUCGAUGUGGGCGUACAGCGCGCAUUGGAAAUCAAGGCAACGCCCUCGUUUUCCUGCUGCCAAUGGAGGAGUCCUACGUCACUUUUCUGUCCAUCAACCAGAAAUGCCCGUUGCAGCCAAUGCCCCCUAUAGGUGAUGUUGUGGACGUGCUGCCGAAGGUUCAGGCUAUGUCUCUGGCGGACCGAGCCAUGUUCGACAGAAGCAUGAGAGCCUUUGUCUCCUGCGUCCAGGCGUACGCCAAACACGAGUGUAGCCUCAUCUUCAGAGUUAAAGAUCUGAAUUAUGCCACUUUAGCCCGCGGAUUCGCCCUCCUCCGCCUCCCCAAGAUGCCUGAGCUGAGGGGCAAAUAUUUUCCUGGUUUCACCCAGACAACGAUAGACACAGAAACAAUCCGCUACAAGGACAAGAACAGGGAGAAACAGAGACAGAAGAUGCUCGCCGAGCUGAAAGACAAGCCGCGGCUUCCCAGAAGGACCUUCAUCAAGAACAAGUCCUGGUCCAAACAGAAGAGCAGAAAGGAUCGCAGGAGGAAGAACGCCGCCAAGAGGAAACACAAUGAGGACUCCGACAUUGAAGAUGUAGACAUGGCGGAGCUUUUAAAUGACACUCGCCUUCUCAAGAAACUAAAGAAAGGUAAAAUCAGCGAGGAGGACUUUGAGAAUCGGGUAACAAGUGGACCAAAGUCCAAACACAAAACAGAAGCAGCUUCACGCGACGGCCCAGAGGAGGAGGAGGAAGUCUGAUGAAACAACGUGUAAAA